AUGGGGACGGCCAGCGGGAGCGACGUUGAAGCCGGAUUCGCGAAGCUGCAAGGCGAGGAUUUCGAGUACUAUAUGCAGACAUACUCGAUCGUGUUGGGACGGAAUUCGAAGAAAUCCACCGUCGACGUCGAUCUCACAAGCCUCGGCGGCGGGAUGAACAUCUCCCGCCACCACGCUCGGAUCUUCUACGACUUCACCCGCCGGCGAUUCGCUCUGGAGGUCCUGGGAAAAAACGGAUGUCUGGUCGAAGGCGUCCUCCACCUGCCGGGGAACCCUCUCGUGAAGCUCGAUUCGCAGGAUCUGCUCCAAAUCGGAGAUAAGGAAUUCUACUUUCUGCUUCCCAUGAGGAGCAUUUUGGGCGGGGGGUUAGGGCCGAGGCAUCACGUGCCUGUGGUGGCGCCGCCGCCGCAGUACGGGUAUCAUGGGGCGGAUAGGGCGUUGCCGCCGGCUGCUAGCGGCGGUGCCGCGAAGAAAGGGAGGCGGAAGGACUAUUUCGUGGAGGAGUAUGAUGAUGUGGAGGAGAAUAACGGCGGUGGAGGUGGGGGGAGUAGCAGUGGGAAGAAGAUGAGGAGAGAUGGGCACGAUGGGUAUGGAUACGGUUCCGGUGGUUCGCACAAUGGUAAAGUUGGGUUUCAUGGAUCAUUAGAGAAGAAGGCGGAUGGAAGGUCUAGAGCUGACCGUGAUACUGAUGAUCAACAGCUGAAACAGUUGGAGGAAAAAGAUGUGGUGUCAUCUGUAGCCACCGUGCUAUCAGAUCUGUGCGGGCCCGGAGAAUGGAUGCCCAUGGAGAAACUCCAUGCCGAGCUGUUGGAACAGUUUGGCAGUGUCUGGCAUCAUAGUCGAGUGAGAAGAUACCUAACAUCUGAGGAGUGGAAGAGCCCAGAAGCCAAGGAGAAACCAUGGUAUGGCUUGCUUAUGUUGCUGAGAAGGUACCCCGAGCAUUUCGUCAUUAACACAAGGUCCAAAGGCCGAGUCACCCUGGAGUUCGUCUCCUUAGUGUCACUGCUCUCAUAG